CAGGCUAUGACUGAGUAAAAAAAUUGUUUGAGACAACAUUCAAAAUUUUGACUUCUUUCGUCAUACAAGUACUUCUGACUCUCCUGACUUAAGGCAUGUUAAUGGAGUGCACAAAAAGCAAAGUGGAAUUGUAAUCUGUGACUGUGAGACCAAAAAUGGCGGACGCAGAGCAAGAACUAGAAAGGAGAAGUAAAUUUCUGAAUAGUUUGAUACAGAAGAAGAAAUCCAACGAGCAACAACAGCAUCAUCAGCUCUUAAAUGUUAAGGUCAGAGCAUCUGAUAUGCCCAUUGCUCUUCAAAAUAAAGCUUUUCAAUGUGCCAGAGAUCUUCUUGACUCUAUGCCCACCAAGAAGCUUGACAGUAAACGCCUCGCUCUUGCCAUAAAAAAGGAAUUUGAUUCUGCGUAUGGGCCUGCGUGGCACUGUAUAGUGGGUACGAGCUUUGGGUCGUACGUAACACAUUCACUCGGAGGCUUCUUGUACUUUUCCAUUGACAAGGUUUAUGUGCUCCUCUUCAGAACAGCAGUUGAGCCACUACAGCAACGUUGAUUGUUGUCUUUCAUUGUCAAUCAUUCCGCUUCAAGAGUUUAAGCUGUUUGCAUGUGAUAUAGCAAUCGUUGUAUGUUGUUUAUGUAGUAGAAACGAAGAUAUCUAUGCGUUUGUAUUCGUUUUCUACUGUACAUUCGUCGUUCUCCCGAGGAAUGAGGGAUGUGCAUUAUGCAAGUUUUCAAAUGCUUUCUUGCUUGCUUUCCUUUGUGAAUUGUGAUGCCGAAAUGUUGAACAAGAAUUUUAGUGGAUCAUUAGCUCUAGGGAAUGGAUGGGUUGUAAUUUGUAAUACUUCUACUAUUUAUCAUUUGGAUUGUCUUAGAAAAAAUUGAUUAUAAC